AACUUUGCGGCGCGGCCUGCCAAGCCAGGUUAUCCUUACCUAUUUCACUCGCGUCGCAGCGCUAGUUGUCGCUGCAACGCUGUUCUAGCAGACACGCUUGGAGUCAACCCGUCGCGUGCAACCGCGAACGAGCAAAGCCACAAGCCACACAAACAACCGAUACAAAAUGUCGGGCACGCAAGAGCUCCAGAAGGUCCUCGACCUCUUCGAGCAGCGCAUCGCCGCCGUGGAAUCCAAAGUAGGCGUCGCCGGACCCCCGCCGCCGCCGCCCGCCAGCACCGGUGGACAAGACGCGGCCCAGGUCGCCGCCUUCGACAGGUACUGCACUAAAUCGUUAGAACCCUUCGUCCAAGCUUGUGCUGCCUUAAAUGCCCCGGAGGCCACGCAAUGUGCGGACCACGUCAAGCAGGCCUGGAGCGCCAUGCGAGGAUUUAUCGUGGCCGCCUCUGUAAGCAAGAAGCCGGCCAAUUUUCCCGGAGAUUGUAUGGCGUUAAUAAAACCCUGCCAGGAGGCCAUGCAGGGCGCCUCCAAAGCUAUUUCCAGAGGUGAUUGGGAACUACAUCAGAAGACAGUGAGUGAGGGCGUCCAGUGCCUCUCAUGGUUGAUCACGUCCCCGGGCCCGAAGGACGUCGUCGAAUCUUAUAUUGGCGGUACGGACUUCCACGCCAACAAGAUUCGGGUCAAGUACAAGAAAACCGAUCAAAAACAGAUCGUUUUUUGCGACACGUUCAAGAAGUUGAUGACGGACCUCAUGGCCUACGUCAAGGAGUACCAUUUGACCGGGGUUACGUUUAAUCCGCGAGGUGGGGACAUUGGCUCAGCACCGGUCGUCGCCAAGGAGAACACGCCUCCGCCCGCGCAGCCGACGGCGAAGGCCGGCCUCGCGUCGGCUUUAGCAGGCCUCCAGAACGCCAACGACCUCCAGUCCAAGGGCCUGCGCAAGGUCACGAAGGACCAGCAGACCUGGCGCAAGGAGUUCUCUGGUGACAAGCCGGCCGUCGUCGCGAAGAAGGCCGCUCCCGUAAAAAAACAAACGGUGACCAGGGGCCCGCCCUCCAAGAAGUUACUAGGCAAGAAGUGGAUGGUCGAGAACUACUCGAAGGCGGAUGGCGUCGUUACGAUCGAGGUAGAACCCAAGUUCACUGUCUAUAUCGCGUGCUGCUACGAGGCCACACUCGUGAUAAAUGGAAAGUGCAACGGUGUCGUCCUGGACGCGUCCCAGAAGUGCCAGGUCGUCUUCGACACGUGUAUCGCGUCCUUCGAGGUCGUGAACUGCAAGAGCGUCAAAGUGCAAUGCAAAGGUACCUGCCCUUCUAUAGCGAUAGACAAGACCGACGGCAUCUUGACUUAUUUAUCGAAGGAGACGUUACCUGUCACGUCCUUCCUCACGUCCAAAUCUAGCGACAUGCAAGUGAGCUUUCCUAAUGAGAAGGAUGAGAUGGUGGAAGCUCCCAUCCCGGAACAGUUCCGGCACACCGCGGCGUUGGUGGGCGGGAAGCCCGUCCUGUCCACCGACGUGUCCGACUUAUAUACGCACUAGUGCGGGCCGCGUAAGGUGG